AUGGACCCGCCGCUGUUGCUGAUUGCAUCUGAGCUGCUGCCGCCCGUCCAGGGGCACAGGCUCCGGGGGCUAAAGCUUGCCUUCACCCUGGACCAGGAGACUGGAAUGCCCCAAGGAUGUCAUGUCUACGAGUACCGCGACAGCAACAAGCUUGUGGAGGAGUUCAUGCUCCUAGCCAACAUGGCGGUGGCCCACAAGAUCCACCAGGCCUUCCCCGACCGGGCUCUCCUGCGCCGGCACCCUCCACCCCAGAGCAAGAUGCUCAGUGACCUGGUGGAGUUCUGCGAGCAGAUGGGGCUCUCCGUGGACGUCAGCUCGGCGGGCGCCCUCAACAAAAGUCUGACCAAAACAUUUGGCGAUGACAAGUACUCCCUGGCCCGGAAGGAGGUGCUCACCAACAUGUACUCCCGGCCCAUGCAGAUGGCGCUGUACUUCUGCUCGGGGAUGCUGCCCGACCAGGAGCAGUUCCGGCACUACGCCCUCAACGUGCCGCUCUACACGCACUUCACCUCCCCCAUCCGCCGCUUCCCCGACGUCAUCGUGCACCGCCUGCUGGCUGCCACACUAGGCUGCGGGGGGCCGCCCGACGUGGAGCCCGAGGCUCUGCAGAAGCAGGCCGGCCACUGCAACGAUCGGCGCAUGGCAGCCAAGCGCGUGCAGGAGCUCAGCACCAACCUCUUCUUCGCUGUCCUGGUCAAGGAGUGCGGCCCCCUGGAGUCGGAGGCCAUGGUCAUGGGUGUCCUGAACCAAGCUUUCGACGUGCUGGUGCUACGCUAUGGGGUGCAGAAGCGCAUCUACUGUAACGCCCUGGCCCUGCGCUCCCACCACUUCCAGAAGGUGGGCAAGAAGCCGGAGCUCACUCUCGUCUGGGAGCCGGAGGAGCCCGAGCAGGAGCCGGUGCAGCAGGUCAUCACAGUCUUCAGCCUCGUGGAGGUGGUGCUGCAGGCGGAGGCCGCGGCCCUCAAGUACAGCGCCAUCCUGAAGCGGCCCGGCGCCGAGGGCUGCCCGGGGCCGCGGGGCGAGGGAGCCCGGGCCGAGGAGGACGAGGAGGAGGAGGACUGAGCCGCCAGCUGCCCCGCCCGCCGGCCUACAGGACGGGACCUUGUCACACCAAAGGGGACUUUUUAUUUGGUUUUAAUCAACUCAGGGGUUUGCUUUUAUUUUUCCGUUUUAUUUUAUUUUGCAGCUCAGUUUUUUUUUUAAAUGAACUGGAAGGGAAGGGUGGGGCUGGACCCAGGCCGGCACUUCCUGGGUCCCCCAGGAGGCCAGCCCCCUCUGCCAGGCGGCCCUGCCCGCCCCUGCCCGGGGAAGGGCCCUCAGCGAAUCAGUGUCAUGGAAUAAAAUCAAGUGUGAAACGCU